CCCCGAGUCGUUAGAAAACCAGGAAAAGGCCCGGUUAGGGUUUUUCACUUCCUGCGGGGUACGGCCAUGUGGCGCAGAGCUGGAUUGAGCUCGGGACUGAACCUCCGGAAGCUCUCAACCGCAGUACGACGUCGUAUCGAGGACGAAGGCGACUGGUCCUACGCCUCGGAGUGGUGGGGGGAAGAAUCCGAAGGCCACACCGUCCUCCGCUCCACAUCCGACAAAGGCAAUGGCGUUGUCUCAGUCAUCGCCUAUCCUUCCUCAAAACCCAGCGUGCUCCAUUGGGCGUCGACAGAGAGAUGGCUGCAGCAAAGGUACGAAGAGAUACAGGAGUGCCGUCAGAACAACGAGAGAUUCAGAGUGCUCGGAUAUCAAUGGCGCGCUCUCCGCUUUAACGACGACACCCGCCAGAGCACCGUUAAGGUUUUGGCUGCCUAUCGGCGAUCGGAACCGGAAUCGAUCGCCCUUAUGCAGCAGCCUCAUUGCUUGGCUGUUCCUUAUCUUAAGAGCAUGUUAGCAGCUGGGUUGACCACUAUAGCAUCUUGUAAUUACAAUCUCAUGAACGCGGUGACUGGGACCGAAAAUAUUCGUAUAUUGUGCAUUGGUCAGGGUGGCGGAAGCUUACCGUUGUUUUUGGCUAGUAAAAUUCAAGGUGCUAUUGUUGAUGUAGUUGAAAUCGACCCUCUCGUCAUCUCAGCCUCAGUUCGAGCCAUGGGAUUUCCGGCUUUCUCAAUUAUGACUCCAUCAGGCAAGCGUGCCGUGUCACCCAAUACCAUGGAUACCGUUAUGUGGAAAGGCAUCCACGAGAGGCUGUUCCUCCAUGAAUCCGAUGCCGAGGAUUUCAUUCUCAACACCACCAUCCAGUAUGAUAUGGUCUUCGUUGAUGCUUAUGAUGGGGAAGACAUAUUCCCACGCAAGUUAUGGGAUCCACAUUCCCCAUUUCUAAAAGCCCUCAGCAGCCGGCUUCACCCAGAUCAUGGCACAGUUGUCGUGAACCUUCAUUCAGAUUCUGAUAUCUUGAACCCUGACGGUUCUGCACCAUCCGUUUUGCAGCAAACUUUGCCAAUGGGAAAGUACGUCUCGAGGGUUUGCCAGGCAUACAAGGACGUGGUAGUGGGAGGGAAAGAUUCUGGUUUGGGUUUUACAGUUUCAGUUCCGUGGGUGUGCAAUUCUUCUCUGGUCGUGUGCAGAGGUUUUGUGGUAACGGGUGGGGAUUGCAACAGGGAUGUGAUCAUGGAGGCUCUGAUAUCCAAAUCAUUUGAAUUGGAAAAUGUACUCAACUUACCAUUCUCCUGUUUUGAAUAUAUAAAGAGAGGUUUUAUACUUGUUGAUUAAUUUCAUGACAAGUUUAUACCUA